GCCUCUGUUUCUUUCCCUUUGCGUAUGUGCGUUUGUGUCUUUCUGAGUGUGUCUGCAUGUGAGUCCACUGCAUCCUCAGCAUCUGGGACAUUACUUCCAUCCUCCACAUCUCCCCAUUGCUGAGUCUGUUUGUCAGUCAGGGCUCCAAGCCAGAAUCUGUGCAGGUGUGUAUGAGAGGAGAGGGAGGUCAACAUGGGCUCCAGCUCCUCCUCCUAUGCCCCAAGAGCCAUUUACCUUGAUGUGGAUGGGAAGGUGCAAAAGGUGGUGUUCAGUCAACACUGCAGUCCAUGCGAUAUCAAGGAGCUUCUGUGUUCCUCGUCCAACAUUCCCAGGAGCACUGCCAUAAAGAUGAUGGACCCAGAAGGUGCCCUGGUUUCUAUAGAUCCCACCAUGCCCACCAAUUCUCCAAACUCUUUGUACAAAGUUGUCCCUGUGUCUACUGAUCGACUUGGAGAGAAGGAGGACAUGUUUCAGAUUGUGUUGACGCAGGUGGCUGAGCAGUUCGGCAGGGCCUUUCGUAUCAAUGAACUGAAGACUGAAAUCACCAGCAGGCUAGCCGUGCUGGAGAAGAAAGUGGAAUUGGAGGGUUUGAAAGUGGUGGAGAUUGAGAAAUGUAAAAAUGAUCUGAAGAAGUUGCGAGAAGAGAUAGCUUCAAGAGGCAGUGGCAGAGUAAACUGUUUGUGCAAAUACAACUUCUCAGACGAUGGGAAAAAAGUCACCCCUAGACGAGAUGUUCCAAACUACCCAAAAUACACACUGUCUCAGGAGACCGUUGAGGCACUGAAGAAGCCAACAUUUGACGUCUGGCACUGGGAACACAAUGAGAUGCUGAGCUGUCUGGAGUACAUGUACCAUGACCUGGGGCUGGUAAAGGAAUUUGACAUGAACCCCAUCACGCUGAAACGCUGGCUGCUGGCAAUCCAGGAGAACUACCGUAACAAUCCUUUCCACAACUUUCGGCACUGCUUCUGCGUUAGCCAGAUGAUGUACGGCAUGAUUCACCUCUGCAGUCUACAGGAAAAGCUGACUCUCGCAGAUAUGGGCAUUUUAAUGACAGCUGCAGUGUGUCAUGACCUGGACCACCCCGGCUACGACAACACGUACCAAAUCAAUGCCCGCACAGAGCUGGCAGUGCGUUACAACGAUAUAUCUCCACUGGAGAACCAUCACUGCGCUGUGGCCUUCCAGAUCCUUUCGCUUCCCGAGUGCAACAUCUUUGCAAAUGUGGAUCCUGAGGCGUUCAAACACAUCAGACAGGCAGUUAUCACCCUCAUUCUGGCCACUGACAUGGCCAAACACGGAGAAAUCCUAGAUGCCUUUAAGCAGAAAUUGGACAACUUUGACUUCACCAAUGAAGAGCAUGUGAAAUGUCUAAAAAUGGUUUUGAUCAAGUGCUGUGAUAUUUCCAACGAGGUGAGGCCCACUGAAGUAGCCGAGCCGUGGGUGGACUGUCUGUUGGAGGAGUACUUCAUGCAGAGUGACAGGGAGAAGUCUGAGGGUCUCCCAGUGGCUCCCUUCAUGGACAGAGACAAAGUCACCAAACCCACAGCUCAAAUUGGAUUCAUCAAGUUUGUCCUCAUCCCAAUGUUUGAGACUGUCAUGAAGCUUUUCCCUCAGAUUGAAGAAAUCAUGGUUCAGCCUUUGAGAGACUCUCGUGACCACUAUGAAGAGCUGAAACAGAUUGAUGAUGCCAUGACAGAGGGAUCUUCUUUCAUGAUCACAUUCAGGAAAGACUUGAAAAAAUGUGAGUGAGGCCUCUGUGAAGAUUUUCUGCUCUGUGUUCUGAAAGUGACAGAUGGAGCAGGAGGCCAAGAGAAAAGACACUGCUUGGCUACAUACUGUACUCAACUUAGGUGUCAACGUGGCAGAUGGCCAACUUUGACAAAUGAAGACCUGGUGACCUUAAUGUAUCAUGGUGUUUAUGUUGUUCUCUCUAUACCUUUUGUAAUUUAAUAGUGCCUUGAGAAUUUGUAGGACCAGUUUCUCCAAAAAAAAACAAAACAAAAAAAAAACGUAUUUUAAGAUUGAUUACCAGGUAUUUUAUAAAAUAUACAGACCUCAAGGACCAAAGGAUCAGCAAAAUAUUUCCUGCAAAUGAUAAAUUAUUUCUCAGUGGGACAUUUUUUCCUCGUUGUAGCAAUAAAGUUUGGUUGAAAUGGUUCACUGCUUUCCAAAGAAUAAAGCUGCAUUAUUCUUUGGAAAGUAGUGAACCAUUUCCUCAUUGUAGCAAUAAGGUUUGGUUGAAAUGGUUCACUACUUUCCAAAGAAUAAUGCAGCUUUACUUUUUUUGCUCAGACACAAUAAGUAGUUCAUUAAACCAUUGCAAUUUUAGAUCAAUUCUCUUUCUUUCACAUCUUUUUAAUAAAACAAAGCCACACAGGGCCAUACAGUGUUCAAGGUAAAAAUGUUGUACUAUCUCACAAUACACAAAACUGUAUGAUGUCUGUUACACCCUGAGUCUUACAUAUAAAGGUUAGAUAACAUAGAUUCUAGAUGGUUUUCUAUCUUUAUAGCGGGGACUGGAAAACCAUGGACAUCAUAUAUGCUUUGUGCUGUUUAUGUUGUCCAUCUAACAUAUUACCAUUUCUGCAAAUACAUUCCUGACCUUAAAAAAUAGCUUGAUGAAACAAUGCCAGGAAGCUUUUUCUGGGGUUUUCAGCCAUGUUGCACAAUCCUCAUCAGCAGAUGGAGUUUGCUCAGUUGCAAUAAAUAUGGAUCACCUGCCAUUCAAGCACAGAGGCUGUUAGGAUUUUGUUCACAGCACUUCUGAAAUGCGUGUAACAGCUCCUGAACUUGCCUCUGAACAAAUCCAUUUUCAAAAACCUAAGUAAACUCUGGUCUCUGAUGAAGACCAUGUGACAUAGUUCAAGUUGGGAAUGUCUGCCACUGGCACAAUUGUUAGACCCCAGUAUACCACAGCAUAUAUAACUGAUCACUGUAGUAACAUGUCACUUGCAAUGACUGGAUUUGGUUCAUUAUAACUUUUUUGCUAUUGUGAAGUCAGCUGUGUAAAUCCAGUUAUUUGUCCACACUAAAUCCACAAAUAUAAAAAAAUAAUUGUUUCCUGAACUUCUGUUUUUACUCAGUGUAG